GCCUUAUGGGUAGGUUACCAACGUCCUUGUCCCAGCAAGCGCACACCGACUGCCUCCACGCAAGGGCUCGAGGAUCUCUGUCAUUCACUUGAACUUGAAUAAAACCAGAUUUUCAGACAUGAUGGCAGCAAGAUUUCUCCGCCGCGGUCUCCCCAUGCUGAGGCAGGCUCGCUGCUACGCCGAGGCCGCCUCCGGUGCCCCGCAGAUGUCCUUCACUUUCGCCUCCCCGACACAGGUGUUUUUCAACGGGGCCAAUGUGAAACAGGUCGACAUACCCACACUUACUGGUUCUUUCGGUAUCCUUCCUGCUCACGUACCCACCCUGCAGGUGCUCCGGCCCGGUGUUGUCACAGUCUUCAGCGACGACGGCUCCUCUGCCAAAUACUUUGUGAGCAGUGGGUCAGUAACAGUCAACGCUGAUUCUUCAGUGCAGCUGCUAGCAGAGGAGGCUGUUCCUUUGGACCAGCUGGACGUUGCUGCUGCCAAGGCCAACCUGGAGAAGGCGCAGUCUGAAUUAGCCAGCUUAUCCGACGAGGCAGGAAGGGCGGAGGCUCAGAUCAGAGUAGAGGCCACUGAGGCCAUCAUCAAGGCUCUGGAGUAGAUCUGAGGUAAUCUUGUCUGUUUCUUCGAUGGAAAUGAACGGUCCAUCUGUGUUUCCAGCUCAGUCACGUCAGUGUCCAGAAGAUUCCAUGCUUGCUUUGUACAGUGGAUAAAAUUACAAAAUAAAUUUAUUUGGAAAUAA